ACCGAUCCGCUCAGCUCCGUCAUAAAUAGUCUACUUUCCAACGCCUCCAAGAACGAGAUGGAUGACGACGAAAUGUCAGUGCCCGACUCUCCUCUCGAGUCGGGCGAGAUGUCUCCCCGGCAAUCUGCCACUUACGACCGACAAAGAGCCACUCUGCAGAGUUACCUUGAUUCCCUGCCAUACGAGUGCGAGUCCGUAGAAGACAUGCAGGCCCAUCUGGAAUACAUCGUUGGCAAGAUCGCCAUCUGCGCCAAGAGCAAGAAUUGGCUCGUACUCACUACAUGGGACGGAGCGUUGCAGUGUUGGCUCUUGAUGCGCUACCCUAUCCCGAAGACCACGCGAGCAAAGCUCGCUCGCCUGUAUUAUGAACUGUGUCUCGUGCCAGGGCUAGAGCCCCGUGUUAUUCGUAGCUGGGCCGACAUGCUCUCUCGGCUGCUCUCCACCAAGCCCGACCAGAAGCGCAAGCUCGAAGCGAAGGACCUGCAGCUUCCGUGGCAACCCUUGUGGCGCGCCUUGCAGAAGGAGCUGUGGCCAAAGCGCAGGCUGCACGACCCAAACCGGAAUGUCGUGAACGUCCUUCUCUUCGUUGCAGAAGUGUGUCGCAGACACUACCCCGCCUCUGAGAUACCUAAUAUGCUGUCCGAGUUCACACCUUUAAUCACUCAGGAAAAUAUCCUGACCAUGAUACCUGUUAUGACUAAUUUCCUUCCCCCCACACACGUUCACCUUUACAUGCCUCUCAUGUUCAAGCUCUGGGAGGCCUUCAACUCCAGCGUCAUUGACGACCGGCUCCUCGAACUGUGUGGAGAGCUGUCUGAGGAGCACGUCGCUGGUAAACUCGGUGAUGCGGGGGAAGAAGGAGGUGCAGAGUGGCAAGAUGUCGGUAUAUGGUCAAAUGCCGAGUGGACUGUGCUCAUCGGAAAGGCUUUGGGUGCAAUGAAUGUUCCGGUUGGGUCUAUUAGAGGUGCAAGCACUACCGCCGCACAUGCCGAUAGCAUGGCCGACAAAGGUUCAAUGAGAAUUAAGAAGCCUAUCGUCAGAUUCAACGCGCUUGCAAAGUUUUUCGUGUACUCUAUGUCCACCGACGGGCCAAUCCGACACCGGAGCGACUCUCCCACAGAUGCCACAAGUAACGCUGAGACCGGUUAUCUCGCUGGGUCAAGGGCUCUAGACUCUCUAGAUAAGCUCAUAACCAGCACGGAGACGUAUUUUCAUCCGUCCAACCACGGCCAUUGGACUCUGGCUCUGACAAGCUUCAUCCAACGACUAUCCGCCGAGUUCUGCAAGCGAUGGAAGGAAGAGCAGCAGUCAGCAUGCAAGACACCGGUCACUCGCCGACUUACCGCGACGAUUCGGCGUGCGUUCGUCAAGACUCUGCGUACACCAGCACUGCUUGCUAUGUUCGCAAAAGACCCUGUGUCCGCGACCUACGCCCAAGGCGCGCUGCGUGCACUCGCAAUGCUAGACCCAAAUCUCAUCAUGCCUGAGAUUUUGGAGCGCGCAUAUAGCGGGCUGGAAGUGGUCAAUGAGACGCACCGGACGACUGCCGUACUAACAGCCCUGUCUGGAGUGGCAUUACCACUUGUAUCCGAGAAGAUUUGGCUUGGCGGGCAGAAGCAUAUCGCCCCACUAUUGGAGCUGUGUAUCCCUGGUAUCGAUCUGAACGAUCCCAUGAAGACUCUCUGUACAUCCAUGUUCAUCGUUUCAGUCGUCCAACACAUGAAGAUAGGAGACCUGUCUAUCCAGCAGGGCGGCGUUCCGCUUUCUAGCACACCUGCGGAGGGAAUGAUGGAGAUAGACGCACAGCCGAAUGAUAUCCACCUUCCUGAUGGCACAGAACCGGGUGAGAAACCGACCCUGAGCCGUGAAGAGGAACGUACGCUUGCACGCGAGAGUACGGCCGGUUUUGCAGAUUGGGUCACAGCUCUCAUUCGCAGGAUCCUCGCUCUCUUCGAGAAUCUGCCAGAGGAAGGCGGGAAGAAGAACACGACAGGCGGCAAGAUGGAAGAAGCAGUGCUUAAGUCUACCAAGGGUGCGCUCGACAUCUUGUGCCUGCAGCUCUCCGACCCCUUGUUCGACCUGGUUCUGCGCCUUGUGUUCGAUUAUGGCACGACAAAUGCCCGCUCGAACGCCGUCCGUGCGUUCGGGCAGCUUGUUGCCUGCCUCGCGCGCGUACAGCCCGAGAAAGUGAUCGCGAAGUUCCUGCCGUUUUGCAUUGGUCAAAUCAAGGAGGAACUUAAGCACGGCGCAUCGAGUAUCAGAAAUACGUCGACCCAUACAGCGGUACCGUCUGAUACCACUCUGCAUUGGAACAUGUCCAUCUUGCGAGGAUGUCUCGGGUACGGUGGUCCUGCGCUUCUCAAGCACAAGGAGGAUGUCAUAGAACUUGUGCAACUUCUGAUCGAGAAGACGAAGAGUGAGCGUGGGUACAGUGGUACAGGUCGGUUGAUCCACCGGAUCCUACAUACUGUUGGUGCAGUAUACCCAAUGAACGCACGCUUCGUGAACAGUGACGAGUGGGAUGACCCAGAGUUCGAUAGGAAUCACAAUCUGCACUGGGGCCGGCUCAUGAAUCCCGAAGACGUGAAGCUUGAAUGGCAUGUUCCGUCCGUGGAGGAGGUUGACUUCGUCAUCGAGAUCCUGGACAGGAUCGGCGCACCGUCACUGGAUAAAAUUGAACGCCUGCUCGAGUCAGCAGGUCACUGGAAUAGCAUUGAUCGCAACGACUUUUGUCGCUACCUCCACUCGAUACGAUCUAUCUGGGGUGGGCUGCCAACCAUCCUGCUAGAAGGUUCAAAGGAGGUUAAGAACCCCUGCUUCUACGCUGAGACCGAGGUCGAAGGUCUCCUGGUCACGCCUCUCAAUGUCAGGGCCGGUUUUGUACUUGAGAAUUCUGCCGAUCCACGCUAUCAAAAAGUACUGGCUCAUCGCACGCGCUUCGGCAAGGUUAUCCAUCGCGCCGCCUUCGCUUUGAGGCAGAAGGCCGAAGGCGAAGACCACAUUGACGCCGUCAUCAGUGUCUCAAAGGCGAUUGACGUAUACCUACUGGAAUAUGCUAUCACGAGGAGUACUUUCGAUGGACUGCAGAAGGCAUAUACAGUGUCAAGAGACCUGAACCGAAUGUGGCCACGGCAAAGAGAGAACUCGCGUCAAGCCUUCAUCAAGCGUGCUCAGGCUUACCACGCCGGGCGCGUUUACUUGCACUCCCUCUACCGCCGCCGUGCAGAACUCGAUGACCUUCUGCUGGAAGAUCUUGUCGAAUUGUCUCUCUCCCCGUACACUAGGGUAAGACGACACUCUCAAGCUGUACUGCACAAUGCAUGCGGAUACUAUCUCCGUUCGACUCGGUACUGCUUGCCCAGGCUCUUUCAAGCGCUUGGCAAGGGCGAGGAUGCUGACCAGAUGAAAGGCGCGCUGUAUCUCUUGUGGAGCAAAGGCAUUACGUCUUAUGCACUCGCCGACCCCCACUUCCAUGGACAAUAUAUGAUCUCGUUGCUAGAAUGCCAGCACCAGGAGAAGCCUUCAAUACAGAAGCUGGUUGGCACUGUGGCACAGGAUGCUCUUUCGUUUAUGACAGAGGAGGCGCUUCACACUGACGCGUUCACGGACGAUGCUGGUCGCGUGGAAGCCGCCUUAGAAGAGCUUGCACAGGAGUUCUCGCCUAACCUAAUAGACCCAGAUCUAUCGCAGAACGCUCUAACCAAGGCCGCUGCACGAGGACAGCUGAAGACGCGGAGGUUCAGAGAAGACGUGACAGCGGUCCUUAAUGUUGCACAGAGGCCUACAACUCAUUGGCGUUACAUCCAAAUAGCGGCCAAAUUCCUUGCGAACUUACUUCGAAGGGAUUCCGUGCCUCCCCCAUCAGUCGCGAAAUUCUUCACCGAACAUUCUGUCAGCCCUCACUUGACGAUUCGCUCUACUGCUCAAAAAGCGAUUGUCAAGUUGACGUCCCACGUCAAGAUCCGAACAUACGCGAGAACGAGCGAUGAGCUCUGGCUGGAUGAAUGGCGAAGUCCGCUACGAACGGACGUUCCUGUCGGUGAUCCUUCAACCUUCUUUUCUAGGCUCCGGGAACCUGUAAGGCUCGAUGACUCUGGUUCCUGUUACGUCGACAAGCUCGUCACCGGCUUCCUCGUCUGGAAGGACUCUGUGAAGGGCUACCGCGCUGUUGGUCCAGGUACCUCGCCUUUCCUCUGGGAGUCCGCGUCUCAGCCAUUGUUGCAAGCGAUGCGUGAGGUCGUUAUAGGCGGCACGUUCUUCAGUCAGCUCGCGGCGCUUUUGGGACAAGAGUCGAGCAAAAAUCCGACAACGUUGAAGCUACGCACGGAAAACACUGCCUUCGUCAAGUCGUUGGCGAAAAUGUUUGAGCACGAGAUCCUCGACGAGAUGCUGGCUGUCCUAGAACCACUUCUGACCGACAAUGAUCGGUAUCAACAGCGUGCUGGCGCAGAAAUGCUCGCCGGUCUUCUCCGAGGUGCCAAGCAUUGGCCUCAGCAGCACUACGAACGGCUCUGGGAGUGGCUCAUGGCUCGCUGGGCACAUAUCUACGCCCAAAUAAAGCCCGACACGCUCAACUUUUGGGAAGGCGUGAUCAAUGAACAGCUAUUGGAUCAUGACUACCGGCGAGUUGAGCGGAUGGUCAGAUGGGUGCUGUCCUUGCAGCUGGAUUUCCAUGGCGACUCCGCAUUUGCGAUGACCAAGGCGCUAACAUUCUUUGGCAUUGUUGUGGAUUGCUGUUGGCCAUGCUUUGAACCGUUGUGCGACGACUACAUGAACCUCUUCCUAGAUAAUGCGAACACUGGCUAUGCAGAAAUGCGGCAGCACAUAGCGCACAAUCUCUCGGCCAUUACUUCAGAGCAGUGGCGACCAUCAUACCCUAAUGCGGAAGCCCUACUUGCGAGCUGUAGGAACAGUCCAGACCCGUUUGGUAUCAGGAACGCGCGAUACGUUCACAAGGUCCAGGCGAUCGCAGAGAACUUCCCGAAGUGGCGAGAAGAACGAUUGCCGCCUCCCCGGGUCAGCCAGUCGCAAUACGACAAGGUUGGGCUUACUACCCUGCAAUGGAUAUGGACGUCUGCACAUGGCCCGCACCCCUUUCUUGUCCUUCCAUAUGUACUCACCUUGCUCCCCGAAAUUUUGCGGAUGUCCGAGCUUAAUGACAGCUCCGACCUGCAAAAAUAUAGCUCCGCUGUGCUUUACGUGCUCUCCGCGGUUGAUGCCCCGACGGACGAUGUGCAUGUCGUUGCCAACCAUUUCCUCGAUACUAUCAAGUCGUCAGAUUCAUGGCGAGUCCGACUGAAUGCGCUCCCCACCUUACUGGUCUUCUUCUACCGCAACCUCAUGUGCAUUUCAGGCGAUGUGGUGACAAGAAUGAUGGACGUCCUCCUCGAAUGCCUCUCGGAUGAGAAUGUAGAGGUACGCGAAAUGGCUUCGCAGAUGUUGACCGGCGUGGUCAGGUGCUCGCAGAGACAGAGCAUUAUCCCCCUCAGGGACCGCUUCAUUGCACUCGCGCGGAGGACGAAGCUUCCCACUCGGCGGGACCCUGCAUACCAAGAAAAGCUCCGCACGCUGCACUCGGCGAUCCUAGGUCUCUGCGCUCUGGUUGCAAGCUUCCCGUAUUCGGUCGAGCCCUGGAUACCUCCUUUGACCGAUAUCCUCGCGGCCCAUGCAACGGACCCAAUACCGGUGUCGACAACGAUACGCAAGUGCGCAUCGGAAUUCAAGAAGACACACCAGGACACUUGGCACAAGGAUCAGCUGGUCUUUGACGAAGAUCAACUGCAGAACUUGUCUACCAUGCUGGUGGGCACGUCGUACUAUGCGUGACGCUUCGCGCAAAGUGCUCCGUACAGGCCGCUUAAGUGUAAGUCAAUCUACUCACACGAGCGGCGCGCCGUUUGAGCGUUGGUGCAACAUGUAUAUUACCCGUGACCCAGAGAUCGAUGCAGUUAACGAUCAGAAUUAACCUUUGUAUAAGUUGCAUGUCCAAUUCAUAAUGUUCUACUUACUACAAUGUCG